AUGUCUGAGACCUCCUCCGGCAAGGAGAGUCCCCCGCCCGAGUGCCCCGUGUGCUACGAGAAGUUCCAGCCCCUGGAGGCCGCGCACCGGCGGCUCAGCUGCGGCCACACCUUCUGCCACGACUGCCUGGUGAAGUGCCUGCUCUCGGCCAAGCUGGACGGGCACGUCCAGAGCAGCAUCAUCUGCCCCGUGUGCCGCUAUGUCACCUUCCUCAGCAAGAAGAGGGCUCUGUGGCCGCCCGGGGCGGGCACCAACCCCCGGGCACUGGAGAUGCCUCUGUCACCGUCCUCCUUGUCCCAUCUCACCAAAGCAGAGGCCGGCAACACCCUGGUGGUGCCCAGUCACUUCGUGAUGCCGGUGCAGAGCUUUGCCCGGUGCUGCAGCGCAGGGACAAACCCCGCGGAGCCGCCGGGGCUGCCGGCGGCGCUGGCACGGGAAGCCCACAUCUUUGUCAUCAGCGACCACGGGAUGCCUCUGGUGGACACGGACUGCAGCUCCCUGGGGAGGAGGAGCAGGGCAGACACGGGCAGCUUGGUGUCAUCCAGCUCAGCCCUGGGGGUGAAGUGCUGCCAGUCCCCCAUGGCCCUCGCUGUCCUCCUCAUCCUCACCGUGGCCAUGCUGGCGGCUGUGCUCCCCUGGCUGCUGCUGGUCAAGAGGGACUUGUAGCAGGGAUGGGAUCUGCUUGGAUGCCUGAGUGGUGUCACUGAUGCUGGGACAGAGCCAGGGCUGGAACCUCUCAGAAGAUCUCUGGAAAAAGCCCAGAAGCAGCUCCAGGUGAAGCUCUCUCAAUGGACAGGGACUGAAUGGACUUUCAGACUUCCUGCAGAUCCCCAGGUGUCACUGCUGGCAUUUGCUGCCUCUUCUGGUUAAA